GUUAACAUGUUGCUAAGAGAUCGCAGGAGUUACGAUUAGGGAGAGACACAAAUUCCAGAAGUUUCCUUCACCACAGCUGAAAAAGGGAGCACAUAUCGUUUGAAAGUGACUAAAGAUGUUUCGAUUUCUUAUUCUGUGUCUGAUUCUGAGAGUGUCGGUGUCAUCAAAUGAGAAUGAAGGCUCAGGGGAUAUUGGGGACGAUGAAGACUAUGAGAUCCCUACAGAAAUCAUAAAAUCUGAGAGAAGCAAUGUCAAUCACAUGGAAAGAAAUGACGGAGAAGCAGGAUUGGACGGGAAUGCCGACAAGGCACAAGGAAGCAACGAAGAUGGAUUCACCACCAUCAUCAUCAUCGCAGCCGUCAGCGUGGUGGCACUGGCAGCUGUGGCGAUUGCAGCCAUUCUCCUGGUCAGGCGCCACAUGCAAACUCGACAGCAAGGGGUCUACUCUGUCCCUGCUGAGCAGACACAGAAAGGGGCCAUCUAACCACCACCAGACCUCCCCUACCCAUGGAAGAUCAACGAGAGAGCGUAUUUACGGGCCUCAAUUGUACUGGUGUCUUCUCAUGAAUGUGUGGGCAACCUUGGCUCUUUCUGUCUGCGCUCUCAUGACUUGCCGGAUCCUUGACUAAUCUAAUUGGCCCCGAUGUUCCCAAUCAACCAGUCAAGGAGUUUUUGUAACUGCCAAGGUUGCACACCCAUUGCGCUGCCAGGUUUUCAUUAUUUUCCUUACCACUUACUAACCUCCCCUUUCCCACAGGAUCUGUGAAGGCAUGGUUAGGAUUUAAAACAGGGGUGUGGGCUCGUGCUCCAACUGAAACACGACCUCAACAGAACCAUGAUGACAAAGUCAAACCAGAAGCUGAAAAAACAAGUCCAAAAUCAACCCUAUGGCAUCUCAUUUCCUGUUGUAUGAGGAACACAAAAAUACAUGCCUCUGUUCACAGUGUUCAGGUAUUUUUGUAUUUUUAAGUCUUCCAAGGGGGUUGCUCAUGUCAGCUAUGAUUUCCUGGCUGCACAGCAACAACAACAAAAAAAGCUAAAUCCCUUUUUAAUUUGGUUUCCAAACAAGACAUAAUUUAACAGCUAUUACAGUCUUAAUUGAGAGACAUUAUGCCAACAAAGCGAUUCCUGACUAUACUGUACAUAGGCAUACCUGUGGGGAAUUUCCCCUUGACAGUCUCAGAGUAAAAACAGUGCACCGCAGCCGUUAAAUAUAGCUGUUGAAAUGUUGUUGUACACCCACACAGGCAUGUCAGUUUUCCUCAUUCAGAGCUUCAAGCAGUUUUCUCAUCCUAUCACAAUGGACAAAAAAAUCCAAGUAGUCAAAAUGCAAAAAGGCUGUUGCUACACUUCUCAAAGGCUGUGCAGCUGAGAAUAUGGCAUGUGGAAUUGAGUGGUAAGACCCGGGCCCUUUAAAGCAGUGUAUUAAUCAACUGCCGUAAAUGUUGUUUUUUUUUUUGUUGUUUUUUUUUUUUUGUUGUUCGCGCUGCUCUCCUCAGACUUUUUUCCGCCAUGUAGCUGAUUGUAAAUGGUUUUCUGAAGGCUGGUGCUAUCAGUGUAACGUUUCAGAUGACAGGGUAGCGAGACACUGAAAUCAAGUGUAGACUGGGAAAACACCCUGGCCGUACAUGUUUCAUUCACACAGAUUACAAUUUGAGUAGCUGGCUCUCCCUCUUUUCAUUUAAAUGGAAAUCAAUCUUGUCCUCAGAACAAAAGCUUUAGAACCGGGGGUACUACUUUGCUAAGUUUGCUCCAUAUUUCCAAAAAAGAAGUCAUUUCAGCCGGGGUCAGAAGGCUGGGGGGGUGGGGACGUAAUGUGUUUUGGCACAGGGGGGGUGUUUUCAUUCCGCCUGGGAUCGGAAAGAGGAUUCGAUGGAGAUAGAAUUAGUCUCAAGCCAACAGAUUGCCUCUUAUACAAGAAAUCUAAUGUAAAAAUCAUCUCGUCUGGUGAAACAGAAAGCCUACUGUCUGACUCCACUCAACCUUGCAGCUCUGAUGUCAUGAGCGCAGGAUUAGCUUGGAGGCAUGCCAGCACAUACUGCCUGUGGAUGGAGGCUGUGCCUCUCUAAAGUGGGACUUGAUGUUGUUCAUUGGCGUCUCAUUUAAACUGAACAGUUCUCCAGUCUAUUUUUGUAGAUAAUAUUGAGUAGAACAUGGAUGCAAAGAUGCAUAUGAAAACAGAAUAAAGUGAGAGACUAUGCAGUUCAGGAAAAUGGGGAAUGAAUUUCUGUGUGUGUGUGUGUGUGUGUGUGUGUGUGUGUGUGUGUGUGUGAGAGAGAGAGAGUGUGUGUGUAUAUGCAUGUCUUAUUUUGACAUUGGAAUCCCAGUCAACCAAAAAAAAAAAAUCAGUACAAAACCAUUUCAAUAGGGACAUAAUCUGAAGUAGCAAAACAUUUCAGGAACAUUUUUUCUUAUCUCUGCCUUUUAACAACAACCUUAUUUAAAGAAAGUCAGGUUCUUCUCUGAGAUCGUAAGCUAUUGUAGCAAGUUGUGGUAAGAGAUUCACAAUUUGAUUUGUGGAGGACAAAAUUGCCCCUGAGCAUUAUACAUCUAUAGUGCACCAUUUGAACAAGCCUGUCAUCUGAAAAGACCAAAAAGGUUUGAAAGGGUGCCAAAAGAUUUUAAAGUGAGUGUCCUUGACCUCCUUUCUGUCCCACUUAUUCAGUUCUUCUAAGCAAUCUUUUUCAUAACACUGCAGCAAAACCACUUUUCACAGUGAUAUUUCUCCUGUGAAUGCCUUUCUCACAGAGCUUCCAUUUAUCGCUAAUGUCUUGUGCCUUUAUGUUGGAAUGGACAAAGUGUAUUGUUGCUUGUAAAUGCUGUGUGUUGGACUACAAAAUCUUGAUCAGGUCCUUGAGAAAGACUGUCAUUUUGAGGCUGUUCCUCAAGGACAUUUUCAUUUGGGAAUGCUCUGUGUUUUAUUAAAUAAAUGUACUACCAAGUGCCACAGAAAGUAAGCACUUCCAUUCCUGGCAUGGUCUGACAAUAGGCAUCAAGCAGGGCCUGAUGCAGAAGUGUAUGUGAAAAAAGCUUUUAUUCCCUACCCCAAGAAAAAUAUAUCAGUCCAAGGUUCAUAUUUUUUUCUUUUAAUCUAGAAGGGCUGUGCACUUUCAUCUUAAAAUACAUCAACUAGUACGUCUUUAAAAUGCUUGCUCAAUAUCAGGGAUGAUGUUUCCACUGCACAGGGAUUUGCAAUAUGUGUAAAAAUGAUUUAUUUGACAUGCUAGGAGGUUUUAUGCAAUAUAUAUUUUUGUACAUUGAAAGAUAUGUCUUGAUAAUCUCUAUAUACUAUCCAUAUUUAAUUACUAAACUGCUAGUUUCGAAAUCACUCUCAUUGUUACUGGAUACUUAAUCAGUUAUGGUUAUGUUGAUUCAUUUUUUUACGUUUUUGUUUUUAUGUUUUUUUUUUCUUCCCAGUGUUAUAUAGCUAAAGAUAUGGGGAAUGAUGGGUUAUUUGUUUAACCACUUUUUAUGGAAUACCUUAUAAAUAUUAGAUUCUGUUUAAAUGUUGUGGUAAUGGUUUUAUUGUGUUUUUGAUUGCAUUUCAUUUUGACAGACUACUCCUGGGGCCUAAAAAGCAGAUACACGCCAUUUUUAUUGAGUCAUGUACUGAAAGGAGUAAUAUCUUAAGAAGCCAGAAAAAUCCUCUACUGUACUCCAGUGGUGGUUUUACAGCCAGCACAUCGUGUUCCUCAAGGUUUGUUCUGUGUACCGAGAAGUUGAGCACUUAAAGGGUUAAACCUGGUCGUUAGGCAUAGCAGAAACCUUACCUUUCGGAUUCAGCCACAGAUAAGGAAGUUAAUAUCACGCUCAUCGUGUACGUAAUGCAGGGGCUUAGAUUUCAUCAAGAAUACACCUGUGGAUAAAUACAAAUACCCCUUCUCUAGCAUAGCACUGCAGGGUCUGCACAUUGGCGUGGUUUAAAUUUAAUUAAAAACUGUGCUGGGAUUACAUGUGCACUGUAUAUACUUUAAAGAUACUGUAUUUUCAGAUUCUGAUUGUUGUUUAAGGACCAAAUAGUGACUGCUUGACAAUAAACAUUCUCUACCGCUUUUCUGCUUUUUGUUCGGUUUGCUCAUUUCAUUCAGGACUUCAACUGCAAAAGUUUCACUUCAGACCAUCAGACGUUCUACAAUUUAUAAUCAAAACGAUGGCGUGCAGAGCCCCGGCUGAAACUAAGGCCCAGAUUCUAUGCAGCCGCGGUUUGCCUGAGCCAUGAUAGUCAGGCACAACUUUAAGCCAGCGUUGAUUGUUUUUCAGUACUUGAAACAAAAUGCGGAGUUAACACUUGGCACUUUCAAUUUGUCAUUUAACUUUAAGGCAAGCGCACAUUGUAGACAGCUUGAAUCUGGGGGACUAAGAGGUCAAUUUAGUUUAACCACAAAGAGAGCAAACCAAAGCAGUACCUGA